GGCAUCAGUGUGCGUCUUACAGUGGAUCGUCGUAAAGCGGCGAGAUGUGGAGGGCAGUGGAGCUCGCGGCGUGUUUGCUGAUGAUGUUCAGUCAUGUAUCAUCUCUAAGCAAGAUCUUUGGAGAGGAGCAAGUCCGGAUGACAUCGGAGGGUUCCGACUGCCGCUGUAAGUGUAUCAUGCGACCUUUGACCCGGGACGCGUGCGCCCGCUUGAAGACGGGAAGCGUGCGCGUUGAGGAUUUCUACACGGUGGAGACGGUGAGUUCAGGAGCCGACUGUAAAUGUUCCUGCAUGGCUCCGCCUUCCUCGCUCAACCCCUGCGAGAACGAAUGGAAGAUGGAGAAACUCAAGAAACAGGCACCAGAACUGCUCAAGCUGCAGUCCAUGGUGGAUCUUCUAGAGGGAACGCUCUUCAGCAUGGACCUCCUCAAAAUUCACUCGUACAUCAACAAGGUGGUGUCUCAGAUGAACAACCUGGAGGAUAUGGUUAAGGUGAACAUCUCACGGGAGAAUGACUUCAUUAAAGACAGCGUGGCAACUUUGACCAAUCAGCUGCGCCAGUACGAGAAUCACUCUGACAUCAUGAUGAGCAUCAAGAAGGAACUGUCCAAUCUGGGCUUGCAGCUGCUGCAGAAAGACCCCGCCCCCUCAGGCCCAAAGAGCAAAGCGCAGGUGAAGGACACAGUGGGGACGAAUAUUAAAGAUGCUUCAAAGUUUCCUAAGAAGAAACAAGAGAAAGCCAAACCGCCACCUAAACCGGUGAAGGAAAAACCAGGCAAACCAAAGAAAGAGACCACUAAACCCAGUAAAACAGAGCAAACGGAAGCGCCCAGUAAAAGCAAACCGUCACAGAACCAGCCGGGACUCAUCCGAGGAAUCACAUAUUACAAAGCCACCAAAACUGAUGAGACGAGCAGCCAAAGCGGUCGAGAGAAAGCCGAUGAAGCAGACACACUGCUAGAGGUAGAGGAGAGCAUCACUCAACCAGUUACCUUAGCAACAGACACUACCACAGCAACCGUACCCACGACAACAACCUCCACUGUUUCCGCGCCAACAACAACCACCACCCAGUCCACAACAACCAGCCGAACCAUAUAUAGAGAAGAAAGACCGGCCCCGACCAUCUCGCUAGUGCUGGACAACACUGGCAACAACACGUACAUUUCAGUUAAAGAGCAGAGCUGUGAAGGGACCCUGGCGUCCGUCGAGGUGCCCAUCAAAAAGCACAGCUACGGCAGGAACGAGGGGGCUUGGAUGAAGGAUCCGGUCGCCAAGGACUCUAAAAUCUACGUCACCAACUAUUACUAUGGCAACAACCUUGUGGAGUUCCGGAACUUGGACAACUUUAAACAGGGUCGUUGGAGUAAUCUAUACAAGCUACCUUAUAACUGGAUCGGAACGGGUCAUGUUGUGUACAGAGGAGGCUUCUUCUAUAACCGCGCCUUCACCAAGAACAUCAUUAAAUACGAUCUCAGACAACGCUUCGUAGCAGCCUGGUCUCAACUGCACGACGUCGUCUACGAAGACACCACACCUUGGAAGUGGAAAGGCCACUCAGACAUCGACUUCGCCGUAGACGAGAGCGGGCUCUGGGUCAUCUACCCUUCCACCGACUACGACUACGGACAGGCCGAGGUAAUCGUGGUCAGUAAGCUCGAUCCCAAUGACCUGUCUGUCAAAAAGGAGACCACUUGGAGGACGAGACUGAGACGGAAUUCCUUCGGUAACUGCUUUAUAAUAUGUGGCGUCCUGUACGCCGUGGACGUUUACAACCAGAGAGAAGGAGAGGUUUCGUACGCAUACGAUACGCUCACCGGUGCCGAAGCGUCUCCACGGUUACCUUUUAUUAAUGAGUAUGGAUUCACCACGCAGGUGGAUUACAACCCUAAAGAGAAGGUUCUGUAUGCAUGGGAUAACGGACAUCAACUUACUUAUAACAUCAAUUUUAUUGAGCAGGAAAAGAAAUGAACUUCGGCUGGUGAUCGUUAGUGUAAUCCGAUUGGUUCCUGACAAAUAGCGACGUAUUUCAUGUCCUCGUGAACAUUACUUUUUGGGGGGGGAUUAUAUUAGGACAAAGGAACAUAACACUUGUUGAAUGCGCAAGAUUGGUGUCAAUGUUCCGGUUUCGGAGUUGCGGAGUUAGUUUGACGUUAAGUUUGGUCAAGAGCCGUCUAACAUUUUAACAAUUUUAUCUUCAGUUUCAAACCUGCAGCUAGAUCUUAACAAAUGGUUGUGUUUGGUUGAGAAAUAAAAUACGUACGGCCUAUUUAAGUUAAAUGACCAUAACCACACAAAAAAAAGUUAUAACUUUACCGAUAACUGAUGGUAACUAUAUUAGCAUCCACAUCAAUGGACGAUAACAGGCUUGCUACAGUUUGCUACAAGCCCCAAAAUAGAUUUUGAUUUUCUUUUGUUAUUAUUUCUUUUCUCGAUCAUCAGCUGGGAAAAAAAUGCUCUGGCAGCUGCUGUAAUUUUAUUCAGUUGUUAAAACUUUAUGGUUAUCGUUGUUGUUCUUGGUAUGAACGGGCCUUUACAAACAUUUAGACUCAAAUCCGAAUCCCUCAGUUGCUGUCUUCAAACGUUUCGUGACUCCGAACAGCGUUUCUGGAACUAAGAAUAUUUGGCAAUAACAUAAGUUCUGAUGUUUCAUGUACCUGUAAAGAUAUUUUAUAAACAUUACACGCAUUCUCGACACACCUGCAGGAAUGUUUAUGUCUGUUUUCAUAUUAAAAACGUUCCAGAGAAUUCAUUGUGUGGGUUUCAGCCCAUGUAGUCUCAGUGGGCUGGUAAAACCAUGAUAUCAUGCUGAAAGACAGCUGUGUGUGUUAAUAAAGAGCCGUAAUGAUGUUUGUCUCUCUCGUGACAGGGCAGGGUUAUGUAUAGAAUGUUUAUAACAAACAGGGUCAUACCGGGAAAGCCUCUGUAUUGCAUGGGUAAGGGUACAUAUAUGUAAUGCAAUUCAAUGUCUUAGUAUUGUUUGUGGUCCUUGUGCUCAUUGUAAAUAGCAGAAUAUUUUUAUUUUAAGUUGGAGUUUUAGAAACAUCAUCUUUCACAAAAGGAAGAGAUUUCCUUUACUCUUCUAAUGCAGCAUGUCUGAUUUUAAUAAAAUUAUUUUGUUA